ACGGAGUUAAGAGAGCUCACCCCUGACCCUGCCUAAGUACCUAGGUACCUAGGUACAUACUAGGUACUCAAGCACCACGGCGGGGGACCCCUGCACGAAAGACAGCCCCACCAAAAUUUCCACCAAGCUUCCAUCAAGCUUCACCAGUACAAACCCGCCCGUUUGCACGCCUUGCCACUAAUUAAUUGCCCACAGGCUACACACCUGCGACAACACAAGCCACCUCGACAGUCUAGACACCUCGAUCGAGAACGCAGUGACACGCCUGCGACCCCCUCAUCCCGCAUCCCGCAGACACACACACACAACCACCAAGCAACAUGCCCCUCGACACAUCCUCCUACUCCCUCGCCCUGCUGCGCGUCGACGGCCGGCGGUGGAACGAGUUGCGCCGCUGCCACGCCCAGAUCCGCACCCAGGCCGCCGCCGACGGGUCCAGCUACCUCGAGAUGGGCAACACCAAGGUCAUGUGCGUGGUGACGGGCCCGACCGACCAGCAGUCCGCGAAGCGGGCUGGCGGAGGAGGCGGAGGAGGAGGAGGGCAGCGGUCCGAGCAGGACAAGGAGGCCGAGGUGGCCGUGAGCAUAGUCAUCGCCGGGUUCAGCAGCGUGGACCGGAAGCGGCGGGGCCGGGGCGACAAGCGCAUCUCCGAAAUGCAGUCGACCCUCUCCAGCGCCCUCUCCUCGGCCCUCCACACCCACCUCUACCCCCACAGCACGAUAGCCUUCUCCCUGCACGUCCUCUCGCAGGACGGCUCGCUGCUCGCGUGCCUCAUAAACGCCUGCACCCUCGCCGCCGUCGACGCCGGCAUCCCCAUGGCCGACUACGUCGCCGCCUGCACGGCGGGGAGCACGUCGACCCACGCCGCCGGCGACGAGGGCGCCGACCCGCUGCUGGACCUGAACCACCAGGAGGAGCAGGAGCUCCCCUCCCUGACGGUCGCCACGCUCGGCGCGCGGGGGGACCGCGUCGCCGUGCUGGUCUGCGAGAGCCGCGUGCAGGCCUCGCGGCUUGAGGGCAUGCUUGCUGUUGGUGUCGACGGGUGCAAGCAGGUGCGGCAGAUCCUGGACCGGUGCGUGCGGGCGCGCGGGGCGAGGAUGAUUCGGGAGGGGGCUGUUGAGAAGGGGGUUGGGGUCGAGGACAUGGAGAUUGAUGGGUGAAUCUUGAUUUCUGAGCUUGAGGGGAGGGGGACGGCUCGGAGGGAGGGGCGGCACACUCUAGUAGGCUGGAGAGGAUAUUGUGGGUUUGAUGUUCGUUGCGAGGGAUGGCGACGGCGACGACUGUUUGGGAUGCCAGGUCAAUGAUACCCCGGAAAGCAUGGAUAGGAUGUCAGGUCACAAGGCAUUUUGCCAAUUUGAUUUUCACAUAAACAAACGGAUCGAUCCCAAAACCAAGACGCCGGCUAACAUUACAUUCACCCCUUAGUAGUGGCUAUGGCCCCCUCAG